CACGCUCCUCUUCUGCACGUGGUUGAUACUUCCCAGAACAGCCAUCACUCUGUCGUCGACCCUUCAAAGAAAAAGAGCCGCAUCCCAAAAAACGCUCGAAAACGCUCGAAAUUCAGAACCGCCAACUAUCUCCACCCUUCGUCGUCGCACCUUUCUCUCCACCACUUUCUCUAUCUGGGGUUUCAAUUUCUCUCUAAUUUCAAUCAAUCUUCUCUCGAUUUUCCAGAAACUGUUUGGAUCUUAGGAAGAGGAAUCGAGUUAGAGGUCAAUUGCGAUGGGCAGUCCCAAGAAGAACGAAAGUAAGGGCUUUUUCGCCGCAAUGACUUCCGGCUUGUCCAUGUUCGGCAACGCCAUGCACAGAUCUGUCAACGGGUUGCUUGGUUAUGAAGGUGUGGAAGUUAUAAACCCAGAGGGAGGCAAAGAAGAUGCAGAAGAAGAAGCUCAAAGAGGAAGAUGGAAGGAGGAGGAAAGGGACAGUUACUGGAAGAUGAUGCAAAAGUAUAUAGGUUCAGAUGUCACCUCAAUGGUGACACUUCCAGUUCUGAUUUUUGAGCCAAUGACAAUGCUUCAGAAAAUGGCAGAAUUAAUGGAAUAUUCCCACCUGUUAGAUAAAGCAGAUGAAUGCGAGGAUCCUUACAUGCGAUUGGUGUAUGCUUCAUCAUGGGCUAUAUCUGUCUAUUAUGCCUACCAACGAACUUGGAAGCCUUUUAAUCCCAUUCUUGGUGAGACUUAUGAAAUGGCUAAUCAUGGUGGAAUAACAUUUAUUUCAGAGCAAGUCAGCCAUCAUCCUCCGAUGAGUGCUGGGCAUGCUGAAAAUGAGCAUUUCACUUAUGAAGUUACAUCAAAGUUAAAAACCAAAUUUUUAGGGAACUCCGUGGAUGUCUAUCCUGUUGGAAGAACACGUGUUACUCUAAAAAGAGAUGGUGUUGUCCUAGAUUUGGUGCCACCUCCCACAAAGGUUAACAACCUGAUUUUUGGACGGACAUGGUGUGAUUCACCAGGGGAGAUGAUAAUGUCCAAUAUGACAACCGGGGACAAGGCUGUGCUAUAUUUUCAACCAUGUGGCUGGUUUGGGGCUGGUCGCUACGAAGUGGAUGGAUAUGUGUAUAAUGCUGAGGAGGAACCCAAAAUAUUGAUGACAGGGAAAUGGAAUGAGUCAAUGAGUUACCAACCAUGUGACAUGGAAGGGGAGCCUCUUACAGGCACAGAUCUGAAGGAGGUUUGGCAUGUUGCUGAUGUUCCUGAGGGCGACAAAUUUCAGUACACUCAUUUUGCACAUAAAAUAAACAGCUUUGACACAGCUCCUAGGAAGUUGUUGGCAUCAGAUUCUCGUUUGCGCCCUGAUAGAUAUGCACUUGAAAAGGGAGAUCUAUCAAAAGCUGGUGCUGAAAAGAGCAGUUUGGAGGAGAGGCAAAGAGCAGAAAAGAGAAACCGAGAGGCCAAGGGACAUAAGUUUACACCAAGAUGGUUUGAUUUUACUGAGGAAGUCACACCUACACCUUGGGGUGAUUUGGAAGUCUACCAAUAUAAUGGUAAAUACACCGAACAUCGGGCUGCUGUAGAUAGUUCUGGGGAUAUUGAUAAGGAUGACUAUGCAUCAAUUGAAUUUAACCCAUGGCAGUAUGGUAAUUUGUCUGCAGAAUGAGGUAAUACCGUUUUUAGGUUUGCUUGUGGGAUUAUAUUGGAUAUUUCGGCUUAAUUUGGAAGCUGGUCUCUUUUGAUGUGUGCAUUGUAUCCCUAUUUGGUAAUUUUAUUGGGUGAUCCAGUAAGUUUACAAGUUUAUUAUGGCUACAUGGUUGACAACUUUUUGAAUGAUGAAAAUAGAUUCUUGUAGUCAACCUCAAUUAGUUUGUACCAAAGGUUUCUUCAGAUGAAUUGCAUCCUAGUGAUUUACUUUCUUCUUGCUCA